AUGGCUUAUAUCGAUAAAGGUAAGAUUCUGAGCCUUUAGAAAUUGAAAUGGAAUCUGAUUUUCAGACGGAAAUGUUCUUGAAAAGAAGCAGAGGGGAAUUAUCGAGAUUAUUCUCUCGUUUUUCGCGUUCAUCUAUUUAUUGUGAGAUUUUUGCUAAAUCAUCGAUUUUUGAAAAUUUUUGAAUGUUUCAGCUUCCGCUCGUUGCUCGGCUUCAGCUCUCCGAACCCACGCAACAGCAACGCCCAAGACUAUAGAAAUAUUGUGCGCGGUGGCGGAGUGGGCGGCUCCGGCGGAGGCGGCAAUCCGUACAGACGGAAUGGAGACGGAAACGGAGGCGGAAGAGACAUCGGAAGGCUUACGAGUGCGUCCGGAAUCGCGCCGCCACCAAUGGGAGGCGGAUGCUGUGGCGGCGGUGGAUGCGGAUAA